CAGCAGGCCGCCCCUGCCUCCUGCUUCCGCUCGCAUUGAAGAGUGGUCGAGAGGACGGAUAACAUAGAGCGAAAAUGGGAGUAGAGAUUGAGACAAUAACUCCGGGCGACGGACGGACAUUCCCGAAGAAGGGGCAGCGCGUCGUGGUGCACUAUGUCGGCACACUGGCAGAUGGGAAAGUGUUUGACUCUUCGAGGUCCCGGGGGAGGCCGUUCAAAUUCAAGAUUGGACACCAGGAGGUUAUUCGUGGUUGGGAAGAAGGAGUAGCCCAGAUGAGUGUAGGUCAGCGGGCAAAGCUUGUUUGCUCACCAGACUAUGCGUACGGCAGCAAAGGUCACCCAGGGAUCAUCCCACCAAAUGCCACUCUCACCUUCGACGUGGAGCUGCUUGGCCUGGAAGCCUGAAACUUGUGCACUCAACUUUGUUUAAUUCCACUCAGAUUAUCAGGGUUGACUCCUAUCUCGGGAACAUGGAGGAAAAAUGUGUAACAGAUGAUUCCUGCUCUUGAUUCCUGCAUAGGACCUAUGUCUAUAGCUUCACUAGUUCACUCUCCUUCUCAUUUAGAUACAAAUUGUGUUACAUCACUUGCUUUAAAACUUUAUCCUUCAUCCUAUACUUUAGAUUCCUUACAGUAAUAAGUCAUAGGCUAUCUCAUCCCAUGUAUUUUGUCAUAUUCUGCUAUGUAUUUUUAUGGUGAUUUUUUUUUUAUUUGACUUAAAAUUGACUUUAUUGACUCUAUUUGACUUACAAAAUGUGUCUGCCAUCAGGACCACGUUUUAGAUAAGUGGCACUGAAUCAGUCUCAUUCCUGUGGCUCUGUGGCCUUUACAAUGAAAUUGUAUUGAUUGCGGGUAAUGAAUUGUCUUGCAUUAAAGUAAGAAUAAAUUGCUGUUUGACACAA